ACAGGUGUGAAGUGUGUGCGUAUGCGAGCAGCUUACGGUAAGCUUCGUUUGUAAUCCGAGUCAAAUUGGAUGCCGGCAUCAUCCGUGGUGGCGUGAGAGAGCAAAAGUAAAUGCUUUCGUGCUUACACGUCAGAAAGGGCGCAAAAGUAAAAGUUCUAGCCUUGCCAGUUUGGAGGGCUGCUCUUUCGGAUGCCGAUCAGUACGAAGAUGAGUGACGGUGGAUGAAAAAACACUGCUGGUCAGUGGUUAACGGUUCCCGCGAAAGUGUGUGUUGAAUCGAAUCGUAAUAAAUCGUGGCUGUUGAAGGUGGGGAAGAGCAACAGUAAAGCAAUAAGGCACGUAAUAAAAAACCUCGUUUUUGGGCAAAAUGGAUCUUGCGGGCGAAAUUGGAACGAGCUCGAGGCAGGGACGCUUCGAGGACUAUCAACGCAUGAGUACCUCCCUGCAGAACUUGGCCACCGAUCAACCGGACCAUCAUCAUAGAACAAGCAUGAUGUCCAUCCAGGAGGAGCUGGAUCAGCUGGGACUGAACAACGAGCAUCAGCAAUCGGCCCCACCGUACCCGCAGGUCAUCUUCGGCGAUGAGUACCAUCAUCAGCAGGCCGCCAACACGGACAUUAGCCCGGACUACAUGCAUCAUCAUCCGGCGAUGUGUGCGAAUGGUUGGCCCCAGCUACCGAUGGGUAUGGUAGCGGCCGGUGGUCCCGGUGUCGGUCCGGUGGGCGUCGGCAUUGGUGGUGUCGGUGUCGGCAUGUCCAACAAACCCGCCACAUCCGGUUGGAUGGAUGGGCUGUUCGGUUGCAUGCGACCGGUGCUGUCGCUGAUCGGCAAAAGCCACAUUAUGGAGAUGAAGAGCAAACAGACUGAGGACUGGGAGAUUUCGUAUGAAACGAUCACGGAUAUGGUGUGGUUGGGCAGCGGUGCCCAGGGUGCCGUGUUCCGUGGCAAGCUGCGCAACGAAAUGGUGGCGGUCAAGAAGGUCCACGAUCUGAAGGAGACGGAUAUCCGGCAUCUGCGCAAGCUGGAUCAUGAGAACAUCGUGAAAUUCAAAGGAGUGUGCACCCAGGCGCCAGCAUUCUGCAUCAUCAUGGAGUACUGUCCGCAUGGUUCGCUGCAAAAGAAGCUGCAGGACAGUGGUGGAAUCAUAUCGCCCCAGCAGCUCGUUUCCUGGUCGCAACAGAUCGCGCUCGGCAUGCAGUACCUGCACACGCACAAGAUCAUCCAUCGCGAUCUGAAAAGUCCCAAUAUUCUAAUCGGUGAUGGUGAUGUGAUCAAGAUCAGUGACUUUGGUACGUCGCGCGAAUGGAACGAGAUCAGCACGAAGAUGAGCUUCGCCGGUACGGUGGCGUGGAUGGCACCGGAAGUGAUCCGCAACUGGCCAUGCAAUGAAAAGGUCGACAUCUGGUCGUACGGGGUGGUGCUGUGGGAGUUGCUUACCGGCGAGGUCCCGUACAAGAAUGUCGACUCGUCGCAAAUCCUGUACGGCGUCGGUAGCUAUUUGCUGCACCUGCCAAUACCGGACACGUGUCCCGAGGGCUUCAAGCUGCUGAUCAAACAGUGCUGGAGCACGAAACCCCGGAAUCGGCCCUCGUUUAAGAUCAUUCUGACGCAUCUGGACAUUGCGGGGCGGGAGUUGUUGGCGAUGUGCGAGAAGGAGCACGAGGCGUACUACCAAUCGCAACGCUCCUGGCGCGAGGAGAUCCGUGGCCAGAUGCAAAAGAUCACGAGCACGGGCAUUGACUUCCAGAAGUUCGAGCAGGAUUUGAUACAGAAGCGGAAGGACGAAUGGAAGCACGCGCAGCACAUACGGAUGACGUACGAAAGGAAGCUGGAACGGACGAAUAUGCUAUGCCUGCAGCUGUCCACGUUCGUCGCACUGUUGGAGCAGAAAGAGCAGGAAAUUCUUAAGCGCGAGAAACAACUUGCACCAGAGCAACGAAAGUGUGGCUUCCUGAAGCGUGGUUCGGACAAAACGAAUCGCAAACGACCUUUUAGCUUUCCCUCGAUGGCUGCUUUGCCCGGUCGUGCUUAUGGUGAAUCAACGACUCCGAGUCCAACGGCGGCCGGUGUUACACCGGCGAAGGCAACGCUGUACGCUGAGCUAAACCCUUCCGGCCAUCAGGGUGCAAGGUCGGUCGUUGUGACGGCAGCACCACCGCCACCGUACAGCACCCUAGCGCCACUCCAGCAAGCAUCAGCUACGCCGGCAAUUGCCACCAUCAGUCCGGACGCGACAGCGGUCGUCCCGUCACCGAUGGCGCCAACGACAACCUCUUCUGGCAGGGUGAAAAAGCUACGCCAUCGGCGAGUUGGUUCGGGAACGAUAAACUGUAGCCCAAAGUGCAGCCCGUGCCGCGAUCGGCGGGUACAGAGUGAACCGGAAUCGCGUCACGUGAAGCUAGUGGACACGGAAACGCAAACCGAACCGAUGGACAUCAGUGAGCCGGAUGUGAGUCCGAGCCCGAACGUGGCCACCAAGCGUAUGUCAGCCAGUUUGCGCGAAGAGGAGGAGGAGGAGAAGGUGGAGACUGAGGUGAUUGAAGAGGCGUUGAAACGGUUAAGCGUAAGCGAGCGGCUCGCUGGGGAACGACUUCCGGUGGAAACGCGCGCCAGUGCGUACCGAUGUAGCAGCAAGCCACAGUCGGAGGAUGACGGUGAAGUGCCUGAGGAUGAGGAGAACGGUAAUUCGAUUUCCAUCUCCACGAUGACGAAUAGCCGGAGCAGUGACAUGAUGACAACGAGUGGCGGUGGUGUCCCGGUGACCGGUUCCGAACAGAACUACCGAUAUAUGCGACGGCAGCAGAGUGCGCAGCACCAGCCGCAGGAGAACCUGCAGGAGGAGGAAGCCGAUGGCGAUGUGGAGGAGUAUGACGACGAGCGGGAAGAUUCGAGCCCCGACCCGAUAAUGGAUGCGAUGAAUCGGAACGAGCGGUUCGAUCGGGUUUGCAGCGAUGACGACAAGAUCGAUACGCUCGAUCGGAAGGUCACCAUCAUCUCGGAGAAGCUGCAGCAGAGUGCCGCGUACGGGAAUCUCCUUAACGACAACAACGUCAUCGUGUACCGUGCUGCGAUGAAGCAACCAAACCGCGACGGUGGAAAAACGAUACUGCUGAAGCAUCCGGCUGCGGGAAGCAAUUUAAAACCGGCCGGUGCUGUUGGGGCCGGGAUCGGUGCGUACAUGUACAGUGGGCCGCAUGCCGGUGGUUUAGUGGCGCCACCGGUUGGUGAUGUGAAGAUCCACGGUGAGCUAGUGGACCAUGAGCCAAAGGAGGAGGAAAGCUGGACCGAUGAGGAGGGUGAAGAACCGGACCAGAACACAUACUAUGUGCUGCGUCGUAAGAGUAUUGGUCGUCUUCCAAUAAAGCGUGGUCGACGCAUGAAACACUCUGUCGGUUCGGGUCCAUCGGUACCACACCAUCCGGCACCUGCUGGCGGAGCGGACCAUCUGGUGAUCGUGCAUCGGAAGAUCCACUCGAACGUGACCAUCUCGGAUGAGGAGAACACGUCCGAGUAUAGUCACACACCCUCGAGUCAGCGAUCGACGCUCGAAUCCAAUCCGGAUCUACCGUCGGUCGUGAUGAUGAAAUCCGGACGACGUGUGGAUCGUAUCGUGCAGCAGCAACCGAUGCAUAAGAGCACCACUUCCGCAAAGGAUACCGACGAUGACGAUGCAGACGACGAUGAUGACGAUGGCAACGUGCCGGACAGUGAUCUUGAGCAGGACUCUAGCGAUAGUAGCUCGGACGAGGUGGGCCAAGUUGAUCGGCAACCGGUGGCGGAUGUCGUCAACGGCAAUCGCGUGUAACCGGCGCGUUUAUCCCGCUCAUCUAUUACUGAUGCCAUGCUGUAGCGGUGUGUUUUCCAUGUUUGAGAUUAUGAAUGGGAAGGGUUACCCGUGUAAAGCGUUUUCUUUUUUCUUCUACCAGUUCAGUCGAUUCAUUGCUUGUAUUGAUAGAAUUGCGCCCAACGCUUUUGACGCACGUUGGUGCGUAUUUACGUUGUAAAUUUAAUUCCAGUUAAAUGUUUUCCUUUGCUUGUACUGUGUUGCCGCUCUGUUCCGUCCUUCAUUCUGUUUUGCUUUUUGAGUUUUGUUUUCUUUACCGAUACCGCAAAGACGGACGUAUGGUAGUUUUUCUGAAAACGGCACCAUCUCUAGCAGUGGGGCUUUUGCUGCCGGUAUGAUCUGUAAUCCAUUACAAGAAAGAAUCCAGUCCAGUCGCUAAAAAAGAUAUUAUACUUAGACUUAGGGUACGCUCAGGAAGGCGUAUGCGAAACGUGCGUAUUUGUGAACGUGAGACUGAAUCGAUCGAUAGCUCUGCUAUAUGUUUGUCGUGCUUGUGCUAUUGUGGGUUUAUUUAUUCGGAAACCACUUCCACGAAAACAUUAUUCCGUGCGCGUGUUUAGUAUGUGCAUGUGUGGAAUACAAAACAAAAAGAAAUGAAUCGCAAUUUCAAACGGUACCACGAAACAAUCUUCGACUGUGUGGUGUACAAAUUAUGGUGGCCUAUUAAAACAGACGUAAUCUGUCGUAUUUAGUUUUUAGCUGUUAGAAUUUAAAUAGGACUCUAGCGAAGGGAACAACGGCUAGGGUGAGUGUUCUUUGUGCGCGAAAGCGCAUCGUACGUGUCGGUGGCCAUCAUUCUUAAGAUUUUGGUAUGAUAACAACCGAAAAAGCAAUGGCAAUGUUUGAAUGUUUAAUUGUACAUAUUUGUGUUGGCGAUUCCGUUUUCCGUUUUUGAAUAUUUGCUCAUUUGCUGCCACUGGAAACGUUUCCUGUUUAUGUUUUGUUUGUUUGUUUAGUUUGUGUUAGUUCCUACGUUGUAUAUUCUUGAUAUUUACUCAUUAUUUCAAAGUCUCAUUCGCUUUACUGUAAACGCCUGUUACGUAUUUUACACUUACGAUACGUAUCUAUUUAUUUGCUCUCGAUAUACAUUCCUGAGCCAAAGGAACGGAGUGAAUGGACAAAUGAAAUGAGUAAUGUGCAAUUUGGCAAACCCAGGGGACAGACACACGCGGGUGAAUUAAGGUAUUCUUCACGGAUGUAAACAUUCCACCCUAUAGCUCAUAGUAGUUUAGAAACUCCUAAAGGCAACUAGCACCACAAAAAAACCCUAGACUAUGCGCAUGUAAUAUAAACUAAAUAACGAGAAAGCAAUCAAAUAUUCAUCAAUCGGGGUAAAAGGUUUACCCGCAAAACAUGUCUCAGAAGGAUUAACCCAACGUACGAAAGGACAGAAGUGCAUUAUUACUGGAGAAAAGAGAAGAAAACAUAUACCAGAAAGGACACGUUCAUUUCGAUGUUCGCUUCACAGUUUGAUGUCCUUAAGGCGUGUAUUUGUGAACGAUGAAUGUUUCCGAUUCCGCGAUACUGUUGCCAUUGCCUUAACUGUUGGAAGCCUGCAGCAUUACUAAUUUAGAGAGAAACCCGCAAAUGGUAGCAAAUAGUUGUGCUCUGUUUGCUUGUUAGCAUGUAGAAGCAAGCAGCACCAUACAAACUCAUUGGUACCUGGCUAGAGCGUUCAUUAAAUAUGUUGGCAAACAAAAGAAGCAUUCAUCGGCAAAAAAAAAAUACAUACAAAUGAGCGCAACUUUCAAUGCAAGCGGAUAAAUGUAGCCAUACGAAAGCGUAGCAUCACGUUGCAGCUGC